UGUUCAUACUCACCUUACACAUACACACGCACACAUACACACACACACGCACACAUACACACACAUUUCUCUGUCAACAACUAUAUUUCAUAUCUGGGAUCUUUUCAACCAGGAUUUACUCUUUAAGUCUGAUUUGGUCUUUAUUCCUCUGCAAACAUGACGAUAAGAACCGCCCGUCCAAACCGCGGGCAGCAUUACCAGCCCCGGAUUCAUUGCCUCAAAAAGCUGGAGAAUACUGUGGUGGAGAUGCAGAACCCGAGCAGUGGGGUUAAAGGCGCCGAGCAGAAACUCAACGUCACUACCAUCCCCCACGUCAUCGCUGGUAAGGACAUCGUCGCAUGGAUUGUCAAUAAGAUGAAGAUCACUCAGGAAGAGGCUCAGGCCUUUGCCACCAUGUUGGUGGCCUACGGCUACAUCUACCCUCUGCAGAACCACAAGAAGCUGGUGAUGUGCAAUGAUGCCAGUCUCUACCGCUUCCAGACCCCGUACUUCUGGCCUACACAGAAAUGGGUUGCAGAGGACACUGACUAUGCCAUUUAUCUGGCAAAGAGGAACAUCCGCAAGAAAGGUAUGCUGGAACCUUAUGAGCAGGCACACUACAACCACCUCCAUGAAUGGCUGAACCACAAGUGGGAUUUCAUUGUGAUGCAGGCUACUGAACAGUACAAGGUUGCAAGGGAGAGGAAGAAGCCGGAUCGUGUGGUGUUUGACUGUCAGGAGAGGGCCUACUGGAUUGUGAACAGGCCACCGCGUUACACCCACAGUGCUAUGGACUACGGUCCAGAUCGGCUAAUCGACCCCAGUGCAGAUCAGAAAAUCAGUUACGACGAGUACAGACGGAUGAACAUUUUCUACCAACAAGCCAUCAUGAGGUCAAAGGUCAAAUCUAGUGUGUCCCUCGGAGCAAUGGUGAAGUACAUCACAAACUACAAAAACCAUGACCCAUUCCUGGCUCCCUGUCUACCCAGCAACCCCUGGCAAACGGAAAGUGAUGCAUACUGGAAUCUGAACACGAGAAGAGUUGAUGUCCCCACUAAGAUGCGAGUAGAGCGCUGGUCCUUCAGCUUGUUUGAGCUGCUGAGCGACCUGCGGGGACGAGACGACUUCAAGAUCUUCCUCAAGAAGGAGUUCAGUGGGGAGAACUUGGCUUUCUGGGAGGCAGCAGAGGAGAUGAAGUGGGGCACUGCGUCCUCCAUGUCUACAAAAGCUGAGGCCAUCUUCAAGACCUUCUUGGCUCCAGGGGCCCCCCGCUGGAUCAACAUUGAUGGAAGGACUAUGGGUCUGACAGUGAAGGGCUUGGACCACCCUCACCGCUACGUCCUGGAUGCUGCGCAGACACACGUCUUCAUGCUCAUGAAAAAGGACACUUUCUUUCGCUACCUCAAGUCUCCUGUGUACAAGGACAUCCAGAAGAAGGCUCUGAACCCCGAGCCUCACAACUUCAGUGACUCCCAGGUGGAGCAGAAUGCCAGGAACCGAGGCAUGGGCAUCCAUCCCAUCAUCCUCUGGCAGCAGGAGGAGGAGGAGAGGGCCAAAGCCGCCAUUGCAUCCGCCCCCGUCGACGUCAAGGCCGUGAUGAGCAAGAUAGACAGAAAGAAGUAGAGUGCAGUGUGAAACGAGACAUGCCACUCACAUCAUGCCUGGGCAUGUCGUUUUGACCAAAGGGUUGGUUUCACUGUCCAAUUCAAUGAAAACAAUAGAAAUGCUGUGCUCUUUUUCGCAAAUGAUCACAAACAAGGAAACGUGAGAAAUCAUUACUUUUGUUUGAUGGAUACAACAAAAUGGCAGGCGUGUCUCCAGCAGUCUCUAGAUAUCCUGGUGAAGUCCAACACAGUGUAGUGCACAGGGAUGGACUGAGGACUGUCAGUCCUUCUCCCAGAAAGUCAAAUUCCCAAGAAAUGAGGAUGAGGAUGGGCUUCAUAUUUAAAAAAAACAAAAAAAAAAAAACAACAUGCUAUCUGAUGGUGCAAUGGCAGAUACCCAUGAGUUCUAUACAUUCCAAUGAUGCAUGGACUCACUGAACUUAAACAGAGUACGAUAGUCUUUUCCAUUCAAAUCAACAUGCCAGGAUGGUCGGAGUGGCUGCCAUUUUUAUGUGUAACUUGCCAUGGUAGGCCUACUGGGCUAGCUUCCACAUAAACCAACUUCAGGCAUCUUGUUGACUUUGUGAGGUGAGAGGGUUUGCAAUGGGGAUCAAGGCAGCGGAAAAAAAAUUGUGUUUCAACGGUCACUUUGUAGCAUUCAAGGCGUUAUUAUAAGUAAAAAAUAUGUUUGAUGAGGCUGACCAGCUAACCAUCAUCUGCAAACAAGCUUUGCUUCUGCUUCAACUGGGCAUCACUAGAGUAGAAAUAGAGCUGUUAGAGCUGUUAGCUGUUGGAGGUGAAGCGCAGUCUUUGCUAGUGUUAUGCUAAUCUCAUUGCAAAUGUCCGAUUUUGGUUGCUUUUCUUGUCUUUCUAUGCGCUGUGCAACACACCAGGACACACAGCUUCAAAUGUUCACAAUUGUUCUUGUCAUUGCUUUUUUCAGGCCUCAGCCACAGCACAACAUAUCAGAACAGUGACACACUUUACAUCCUGCUUACUUGUUACCAUAGCAUAGAACCAAAAUCGCAUAAUCGAGUUUGAGGUCAGCUGUUUUUCAUAUCCUCAGUAGAUAUAAAAGCAAUAUCAAGAUUUGUAUCAGCAAAUUAAUGAAUACUUUUGUGUUACAGAAUAUAUCAUAUUAAAAAAAGGGCAUAUGAAUGACUGGACUGUGGACUCACCAGGUACCAUGUACCACCACUGAGGCCAAGCCACCCAGGCCUUUAGCUGCAUGCCAUCACGUCUUUCCUCCUGCCUCUAGUCGACCUAUCUAAUGAAGCACCAAAUACACAAAAAUAAUCUUAAAAAAAAAAAUUGCAUUUUAUAGAUGAGCUGUUUUAUUCUUAUAAAAGGUACUGGAGAGUCGUGUCUUUUCCUGUUUAUUAAACUGCACAAGUAUGAGGUGAUACUGAAGUGACAGAGCCGAACAACAUGUAUACUCUCAGAAAAACACAGGUUCUUAAAUGGUUCUUCAAAAUGCUCUCUGGUUCUACAAAGAACCAUCACCUACUGAAGAACCUUUUUAUUGAGGAGAUGGUUCUUCACAUACUUUAUGUGGUUCUUUAAAGUACUAAAGGUUCUCCAUGGAGUUUUUUUGUGGAAGCAGCAUGAAAUUAGGACUGCAACUAACAGUUAUUCUCUGGAUUAAUCUGCAGAUUAGUUUUUCUCAAUGAAUGGAUUAAUGUCCUGGUCUAUAAACAUCAGAAAACAGUGAAAAAUGUCACAGCUGACAUUUUUAAUACCUGUCUGGAACUGAAUGAGGGAAAAAGGAACGUCGAGGAAUGGCCAACAACAUGUUGGUUUUCAACUUACCCAUAAUCAUUUGAUUUCAAAUGCUCAAAGAACCUUUUAUUCUGAAAAAUUAGUCUUUACUUAUUUUUCAGAAUUCUGAAUUCUGACCCAACUGAACCAGUUGGGUCCACAAAGAAUUUUCUUAAAAAUGGUUCUUUAAAGAACCUAUUUUUGGUUAGUGCUUCAAAGAAUUAUUUAUGGCUCCGAAAGGAACCAUUUUUUGAUGGUUCUUUGAGGCACCUUUGGGGGUUCUUUUAAAGACCAUCUACACAAAUGGUUGUUUAAAGAGCCUCUUGCUAAAAGGUUCUUUGUGGAACCCAAAAUCGUUCUUCUAUGGCAUUACCCCGAAGAACCAUUUUCAGGUCCAGUUAGCACCUUUAUUUUUCUGCGUGUACAUCCUGCUUGUCGGAGAUAUAGUGUUUGCUGCUGUAGUAUCUACAGGGUGAUGAUGGAGGUAAUGGAAUAUGGAAAAUGAGACACUGACAACAUAUUACUAUCCAAAAGACAUGUUCCACCUACUUCCAUGUUGUUUUUGAGGUCAUUUAGCUUAGCCUGAAAGCUUUAACCACCAUUUAUUUAUUUGAACAGUGCUAUCUAUUGUACUAACUAUAGUCAAACUAACACAAUAGUACGUCAGAGCGCUUAUGAGCUGGAAGAGCUUUUUGUAACAGCUCUUUGUGAGAUUUGUAUGUAAAUCUGGUUACAAAUUCUACAAUGUAAUAAACGCAAAUGAGUAUAACCCA